AUGACGCUGGACCGAACGGACUCGCACCGCAGCCGCCGCUCCCGCCGCUCGCGCUCGCAGUCGGUGUCCCGCUCGCAGAGCAGCAUCCGCCGCACGAGGACGAACCAGUCCAUCAACGGCAAGGAGACGCCCGACCAUCUGCACGGCCAUCUCAACCACCUGACGCCGCCGCAGGCCCGCGCGCUGGACGAGUUCAAGGCCGCAUGCCUGGAGAAGAACCUGUACUCGCCUGCCGCAGAUGACGGGCGGGCUGCGAGCCACGAUGAUCCUACCUUGCUGCGGUUUCUGCGUGCGCGCAAGUUUGACGUGAAUGGAGCUCUGCAGCAGUUCCAAACCACCGAAGACUGGCGCAAGACGAACCAGAUCGAUGCGCUGUAUGAGAAUUUCGACGUCGAUUCGUAUGACGAGGCGAGGAGAGUGUAUCCCCAAUGGACUGGCCGCCGUGACCGCAGAGGCAUUCCCAUCUACGUCUUCGUGAUCAAGCAUCUGAACAGCAAAAGCAUGGCCGCCUAUUCGUCUGGCACCGCGACAAAUGUCACUUCUUCCACGCAUACGUCGUCGACAGUGCCUCCAAGGCUGCUGCGCCUCUUUGCGCUGUAUGAGAAUAUGACUCGCUUUGUGGUGCCGUUGUGCUCGUCGCUGCCGCGUCCUAACCCGGAGACGCCAAUCUCGAGUACAACGAACAUCGUUGAUGUUUCAGGGGUUGGUCUGAAGCAGUUCUGGAAUCUCAAAGGCCAUAUGCAGGACGCGAGCGUUCUGGCGACGGCUCAUUAUCCAGAAACAUUGGAUAGAAUAUAUGUAAUUGGCGCACCCUACUUUUUCCCUACCGUGUGGGGCUGGAUUAAACGGUGGUUUGACCCCGUCACGACCUCAAAGAUAUAUAUCCUUUCUGCAUCUGAAGUAAAGACCACCCUUACGAUGUUCAUGGAGCCUUCCAGCAUUCCCAAGCGAUUUGGCGGCGAGCUAGAUUGGGAAUGGGAAGACAUGCCCAACCUCGACGAACCCGCGAGAGAGCUCGUGGGUACGUUGGAGAAUUUAGGCCCAACGGCCGACGGAGAGCUCACAACCACCAAUAUUGAAAAAGAAACAAGCAAAACUGAAGAAGAGCGAAAAAAGAAUUUCACCAAGGGCCCCAUCGCUUGGGUGAAAGAUCGAAUUGAGAUUUUUGGCAGCAUUGGCGGAAAGACGCGUCGAAAGACAGUCCACGUCGAACAAAAACAACAACUAAAUGACAAGCCAGCACUAGAUUCCAAUCACAAUACAGGGGAGACUACGUCUUCGGCAAGCACUUUAUCGACACCUAUUACCCCAGUGCUUGUGCCGGAAGUUGAAAAACUUGCCCUGUCGCCGGCACAGAGUCACACCACGACUGCAGUGCCCGUUUAG